AUCGGCCAGGAUCAUUUCCUUUUCGAGAGCGCCCUUUCUCGCGCGUUCUAACGCGUGCUCGUAGCUUGGGCCACGCGACCACAUAAGAAUGAGUUCUUAAACAGGAAUUCACCCUCUUGUCAUCGAUUAUACGAAUCAAUGCAUCACAGACAAAGCGAUCUGUGCAAGUGCUGCCUCUCCUUUCAUUUGCCGAAGAUGUCGACGCGAUUCACGAGAAUAUGAAUCAGAUCUACUUCAUGUUGCUGAGGUCCAUACUGCACACUUGGGCCAGAAGCCAGCGCGCUCACACCAUCACUGGCAAAUGCACCUUCAACUCGAGGGUCUACAAGGCGCAGGUCUGCAAGGCGGUCAAUAUAUCGAGUCGACGGAAUCGGCGGCGUACUGCGUCGGCGAGACAUCGACAUCAUCGCUACCAUCUCCUCUAGAUACGCGCUGCAGCACGAAGUUGCACAAUAUACGCGCCUGUUAUGGGCCAUGGUCUCCAAUUCUAC